AUUCCGUCACUGCAUCCGGCACGAUGGAGCGGAUCGACGCCCUGAAGGCCCGCAGGGGCAAGCUCGCCGACGAUCCCUGCCUGAGGCGGCUCCGUAACCGGCGGCUCAUCGUCUCCCUCUAUCUCCAGGGAUUCCAGCCCGCCCACGACUGGAUGCUCCGCGAGACGGAUUUGUUCAUGAGCGGCCGGCAUCUGCAGCAGCUGGUGGCCUGCGGCCAGUGGAGGCAAGCCCUCGACUACAUCCGGCGCUUCCUGCCGCCGGCCAUAGGGGGCGUCGAGGCCCGCACCCUCUCUCUCUUCCUCCACGCCUUCUGGGCCGUGGACAACGCCGCCGCCUGCUCGAUGGGCGCCCCCGUCACCACCGCCGUGUACAGCCACGACGUCCGCAUCCUGACCACCAUGUGCGCUAGCAACGUCAAGCUCUCUUCCAUCCUCAACAAGAUACACCACUCGCCCAAAUUCAGGGCAUCCCUGGACUGGAAACUGGUAAGGGAGAAGGCAUCGCUGAUUGCUGAUGAUUUGGCGCUUGAUUCUCCAGAGUUGAGACGCAGGUUGCUACUGCCCCGCGACUUGCUUCCCAUCGGUCCCUGUCAUCGAAGGCACCACUUGAAGAAACAAGCCCUGCGGCCAGCAUCAUCUGCUAUUGCCAAGUGGUAUCUCAACAGGAAGAAGAGCCUGCCUUCUUUAACCCCAGUUAUCGGUUUGAACUCUGAGGGACAAAACCGGGUGGUGGAUCUUAUUGAGGCGUGUUUAAAAGCUGGUACAGUUGUGGAGCUCGAUCAAGGGCACCUACUUCAGUCAAGUGCGAUGGCAGGUGCUUUUAUUACUCCAUUCUCACAGACCAUGUUUGGUACGACAGGUCCUACUAAAAUCAGUGAAACUUCAUUCGUGACAAAUGCAGGUGCUCCAACUUUCACAGGUCUGCCUAAUUAUCUCUGUGAUUCAGUCUCACGGCCUGCUAAAAUCCCUUGGAUCAUAUCUUCCACAAAUGCAGGUGCCUUUAGCACUCCAUCUUCGCAGACAAUGCUUCAUACGACAGGUUCAACUAAAAACAUUGAGACUUCAUCAGUGACAAGUGCAGGUGCUCCAACUUUCACAGGUUUGCCUAAUUAUCUUCAUUGGAACCCAUCAGUUGCAAAUUCAGGUGAUUCAGUCUCACAGCCUGCUAAAAUUAAAAUCCCUUGGAUCAUAUCUGCCACAAAUGCAGGAUCUUUUAGUACUCCAUCCUCACAGACCAUGCUUGAUACGACAGGUUCUACUAAAAACAUCGAGACUUCAUCAGUGACAAGUGCCGGUGCUCCAACUUUCACAGGUUUGCCUAAUUAUCUUCAUUGGAACCCAUCAGUUACAAAUUCAGACCCAGUCGAUCUAAGAAAGAGGCUGACAACUGCUGAGGAAGAUGAUCCCGGUAAAAAAAGGCAACGGACAAAUAAAUUGUCUCCAUCGUGCAUUCCGCACGCGUCAUCUGUGUCUCCGAGCACCAGGCUUCCGACACUCCGCUAUGAUCUCCACAUGAUCCCGCAUGGGCUUCACGGAGUUGUAGUUUCACUCAGAUAUAAGCAAUAGUAUUGAUGUCUAUUCACCAUCAAAAAAAAGUAUUGAUGUCUAUUUGCAAGAUGCCUGCCAAGGAGCUGCCAAAAUUAUCAACCUGGGCAUGUUCUAUGUAUUAGUGAUGCCUCUUUUAAUUGCAUUUGGCUAGGUUUUGUUUUGGUGCCAGACAGAACUUUGUUCACCCCAAUUAAGCCUUUCAGUUUACUAUCUUUGUUGCAUGUUAUGUUGCAUUAUACUCACUAAGGUGCAAUUCCUUCCCUCUGAAUUUGGAACUAUCAUGUUAUCGGCAGCUUUAGUAUAAAGGUUUGCAUUCUGCUCCAUCCAACACUUUCCUGUAAAAGUGCUCCUCCAUGUAGGUCACUAUAUAACAACUGAAAUUUUAAGCAUUGACUGGUAUGUAUUUGUAGAGACUAUGAUAGAUAUAGAAGCAUCAAAAUUUAAUAUAUGCCCAUCUUCAUUCUGCUGAAGUUUUACCUACUAUUUUUCUUUGCCUAUUAACCGAUUCAUGAAAUAAUUCACUGAGGUGGCCAAAUACAUUACUUUCAUAAAAUACAUACGUGUUUUCUUUUUCUCUGUUAUUAAUUGUUUGACAUAUUAUUGUUAAUUGUACAAACUAAUCUUGAUUUUUCAGUUGCCGACACUUUUUUUUUCUUGCCAUUUGAAUCUUGCCCAUUUGGAUCGUGUCUAAUGUGGCAAAGGUCACACAUUCAAUAUUUGUUUGUGAGACUCCAUUACUAAGGUGAGACAUUUCCCACUUAUCAGUUCGAGAUAUUGUCUGCAGUUUUAGUGUUCAAUUCAGCUGCUCGACACUUUAGGAUACCUCGUCCUUCACACCCAAAACAAGCUUCGGUUAGUUUUACCAUAAAAAAUGUUGUGUCAUUAAGUGUUGUUAUUCACAAUUCUCUUUUGUAAAGCAUAGUAACAAACUUAAAGGUUGUCAUUUUGUGGUUAAUGCAUUUCCAAAUUUGUUUUGGUGGUUAAUUUUAUUGAUUCAAAGUUUCUAAUUGGGCAAAUCCUAAUUAGUUCUUAAUUUCUUACACAUGGGAUUCAUUUUUCCUACUCUGCAAUCCAUCACGUAUGUAGCAAAUGGUUCAGUGGAUAUCACAUAUUUUUAUGUCAGUCAAUAUUAUAUAUAUAUAAUUUUUGUCUAUACUCCUUUAAAUAUUCAUCUACUAAUUCCCGCAGCAACGCGCGGGGUAGCAUCUAGUUUCCUAAGAAGUACCUACAAUAUUAACUGGCGGAGUACUUGUUGGAAUGCAGGAGCUAGAGUCUGAAACUGAAGCUGGUACUUGCGCCAUCAACUUGAUAGCCUGAUUGAGUCGGGCCUUACUCACUGUGCUCCUUCAAGUCGAUUAGUUGCAAUUGUGUUGGAGGAUACCAUUAAGGAGGUUUUUGGAUUAGAGAGUGGAUACUGUACCUUGCUGCGAACGGUCCUGCGACGGCGGUGAGCUGGGGUGGCAGAGAACGGUCCAGCGACGACGGCGAUGGCUACCAAGCGACAGGGCCGCACCAAAUAGGCGGAGGAUUAGGCACACAUCCGGUGACUCGCCGACCAUCGGAGACGGGAAGAGCCGGCUCGAGCCUGGCGGCAGUGGGUUCUUUUGGGAGAGAGCAGAGGAGCACUCGAGAUUUCUCCCCGAAACAAACACCUCCUAGGUAUAAAUCUUAUUAAUGGUUCAUUCCUGGAA